AUGAAAUUGGAUUUUUUUCAGAAGAAAUUUUGGACAGCCAGCAGACAAUGUGCUGCGUUGGAUGGGAAGUGUUCCAUCAGCUGUGAUGAUGAGAAUAUCAAUUGCUACCUUAUUGACAACAAUGGCUUCAUUUUGGUAGCAGAGGACUACACUUUGACUGGGAAAUUCUUUGGUGAGGCCGAAGGAGCAGUCAUGAACAAGCUUCUGCUGAUGGGCUCUUUUAACAGGAUGGGGCGGUCCAUGCAGGUCCCGUGUGACACAGAGUACCCGGCCUUCAUCUCCGAGAGGACCAUCAAAGAGAACACGGGCCACACCGACUGCGACGGCUGCAUCAAGUCGUUUGUGAUCCAGCAGAUCCCCAGCAGUAACCUCUUCAUGGUGGUGGUGGACAACAAGUGUGACUGCAGCAUGUAUGAGCCCAUCACCAUGGACCCCAUCGAGAUCAUGUAUAAUGAAUCCCUCAAAUGCGAGCGUCUGAAGAUGCAGAAGGAUAGGAGGCGUCCAGACCCCUGCCACCCUUUCCACCCGGAGGAGAAUUCUAUGGAGUGUGGAGGAGCCUCAGGCCUUGCACCAUCUCUGUCUGCUAUAUUCCUGUGCGUCCUUCUCACAGUCAGUCCCAGAGCGCAGAAGCCAGGGCUGAGUAGUGCCGCUGAAAAUAUCCUCUGGAGCUCUCAGAGCGUGACCCCUGCUGCGAUGGAAAGAAAAGCCCUCAGUUCAUGUAGACCUCUUGGUGAGUUUGAGAACCUGGCGCGUAAUGCACCCUGUACUCACCCCUGUCCCAUCCAUCACUGCCCUGUGACCGACGGACUGUCCAAAGUUCGCUCUGACAAGAACCACAGAGCUAGACGCCCUCCUCUCUCUGACCACAUUCACACCACUCUCUUCACUGCACGGCGACUGGAGACUUGA